ACUGUCUCCCAUGGGAGGGACCCCAUGCUGGAGCAGGGGAAGAGUGUGAGGAGGAGGGAGCAGCAGAGAUGAAGUGUUACGAACUGACCGCAACCUCCGUUGUCUAUCCCCCUGUGCUGCUUGGGGAGAGGAGACAGAAGAGUUGGGAGUGAAGCUGAGCCUGGGGAGAAGGAAGAGAGGUGGGGGAAGGUGUUUUUAGUUUUAUUCUUCUUUCUUUCUAUCCUACUCUGUUAUUUAUUGGCAGUAAAUUAAAUUAAUCUGCUCAAAGUCGAGUGUUUCGGAUGGUGGUUGGUGAAUGAUCUCCCUGUCCUUACUUCAGCCCACAAGCUUUUCAUCUUACUUUCUCCCCCAUCUUACUGAGGGGGGGGGGGGGGUGAGAGAGCAGCUGGGUGGGUGUCUGAUCAACCCACCACAAUGCCAAAAUAGACAGAACUGUGCAGUACAUCCAUGUAGAUUUUUUUCCCUUCUGAGGGUAAAAUAAUGUUAGAAGAUGAGUUUUUGAAAUGAGUUUUGGAAGAUCAGAAGCAGACAAUUCAGCAGUUCUCAUUUGAAAUACAGUAGUAAUCUGCUGAAUCAGUUAUGUGGACAUAGUUAUUUGCUUAGGCUGAAGAUGUGUAAUACUAAUAAUCCAUUGUUGUGGCGGUGGUGUUGCUUCAAUCUAAACCAUUUCCUGGCAAAAGUAGAUUUAUUCAUUAUACAGUUAACCCUAGUUUCAUUGGGGUUAAAAGCUUAGGCAAAGGAAUCACCAAGGAAGGUGGUUGGAUGGCAUUGUUUAAAAUUCUUGAAUCUCUGGUAAACAGUGAAGUUGAGCUAGAUUUAGAAAUGAUUGCCAUAUUGAGCAAGAAGACAUCAUGCCGGCACCGAGCUGUCUGUGCCUGCCCUUUCCUGUGGGAUCCUUGCCUGUAGACCUUUGGUUCUGAGCGGUGUUUGUGGUUUGAUUCAUGAACUGGGGGUGAUGGUAGGCAGGAGAAGCUGGCAACUGAGUUUCCUUUGCAGCAUUGGGCAUUCUUGUGGAAGGACGAUGGCAGUGACAGAGACUGUCGUGGUACCAUGAACCUCAGGAGAGGUUUUCUGAACUGGUAAUGUAACGGUGAGUUCAGAUCAAUCCUCACUGAUGGCAGUUUGUCUUCCCAUGCCCUUAAAUGGCUUUACUGGCAGUUCUGUAUAGCAGCAUUCUCUGCUUUUCCCUUUGUAAAUAAAUCAAAUAGUGAUACUGCCCAAACAGCUUUCCUCAGGUGUUUCACUGUGCAAUGCCUAAAAAACUGUUGUGCUCAUGGGAACAGCCGUUUUCUCCUAUCUAGAUACAGUUUUAUAGCUUCCUAAGAUCAAGAAUAGAAUCCAUGAUCUUCUUUUCCUGUUUCCUAUUGAUACCAAGAAAACACUGUGCUUUUGUAAGUUGACCAGAAAACCAUAGUCAAGUCUUCUGAGAGAGACUGACGCCUGUGAAAGCUAUGGUACUGACCUUCAAGGCCAAACAAUGAAGGGGUUAGCCAGGAAUUACAAGGCAACAGUGUUCAGUCUGUUCAGAAUAUGCAGCAGUACAGGUGUGUUAAACAGUAGAAUCACAACAAAGACCCCCCCUGGUGACAAGCUGAGAUGGCACAUCAAAAUGCAGGAGUGUCACAUUUCAGUCUCCUCCUGCGUGUCUUCCUCUGAAGUAUCACACUGUGCUGCAGGAUCCAACUGAGAGACCGAGAGAUGAAUCACAGGGCUGGGAGGAGGUGAGGUGGAAACAUCAGUAAGCAGGAGGAUGGCCAUGUCACAGGUAGUAUCUGUUUCUUCAGAUAACUAAGAGUGUCUAAGAAAAACCUAGCCUUUUUUUUUAGGAAGCUUUUUGUUGCUCCUUUCAAAGAUGCUCUUUGCAGUUGGCAGGCUGUGCUGUUACUGUUUGUUAAUGAGUUGGUGUUGCCAUGGGUUGGACUGUCUAUUAUGCAGUACCUUUCAGAUGAUCAGAAAAUACUAAGCCAUAUCCUAAUCUCUUACUCUUCUCUGGAAGGCUGAUGCAACCAGCAGCAGUGUUUGCAAUGCAGUUUAUCCUUUCUGAUUCUUAGGCAAGUUGUAAUUCAUCUUCGCUGACAGCAGGAAGAUAAACUGUGUGAGUUGAACUGUAUAUAAAACCUGGCUAAGGAAACACCUCAAAUCAGAUGUUGUAAGCUCAACUGUCAGUCAUGAAAGUCUCACACACACACGCACGCACAAAAAUGCCUUUCAUGGCUGGCACUCAUCGUAUUGUUGCAUACACGGAAGGGAUAUAACAGUGGAGUAUACUUCAGUUGUAUGGGGCAAAUCCAGAAAUCAUUUCAACUACUGUUAACUAAAAUUCCACCAUAUGCUAAACUUGAAAACACUCUCAGAGCAGAGAACACACACCCUCCAUGUUUCAAAGAGUCAAAACUUGCCGAAGAUGUCAAAGAAAGUGAAGACUUCCAUUUCGUCCUGCCUCUACCCUCCCACCGUCCUGCUGACUUGCUAAAAAACCAACAAAACUGGUAGUACAAAGUGUUUUCUGAAAUAACACUUGUAUCACUGACUCCUAUCUAGAUUUAUGUUUGUAUUUCAGGCUUCAGGGGAGCUUUUUAUGAGAUGUAUUAUUUCAAGCACAAUGGUUAAGCACAGUACAAGUGUAUUACAAUCUUUUGUAAAAUGUAAUUUAAGCUAAAAGGCAAACAGUUAUUAAUCUUAUAUUGGCACACUUUCAAGUUUUGGCUAUAUGCCAGGGAUUCCUGCAGGCUUGGUACCUAGAAUAUAAAAUGCAUUUAAAUACAGAUUGUUGGGAAUGGGGUUUGAGGUGCAAGUAAUAAAUUGUCCUUCAUUUAUCUGAUAAGGAAAAAAACAAGUACCUACUCUAAAGUUUUCAGUAGUGUAUUGGUAUGUGAGAUUUAUUCUGAUACUGUUCUGCUGAAUGAUAUAGUUGAGGCAGCUUUUGUUGUUGGUUUUAGUAACAAAAUCAAUUGCUUUGCAAAAUUUUUAAAAGCUUCUUUAGGGGGAACUUGAGGUUGCUUUUUUUUUUUUUGACUAUGUAUGUUUGCUUGACAGUGGCUCAGGAUUGCAGUGUAAUCUAAACUGUGUCCUUUAUUAUUGGACAUAGUAAUAAAAUUUUACAUAGAUCAUUAUUCAGGUUCCUUAUUUUUCACGCUAUUUUAUAGUGAGUUAACUUUAACUUUUUUUCAGAGAAGCAAGAGAAGAGUUUUUGAUUCUGCAGUAGUUUCAGUGCCAGUGUACUUGCUUUGUCCCAUCUUGCUGCCGCUUAAGUAUUAGAGCAGAGGGAUUUGAUGGAAAAAGGGGCUGUAAGUCUACAUAGUAUUAUCAAUGGUAAUCAUUCAAGAAAUAGAAAGAAACCGUAUGAAGAAAUUAUUACCAUUACGAGUAGUAGAAAUAUGUGCUAAUAAAACCUGAAUUCCUGUGGAAAAAUCCAUAGUGUCCCUUCUCCUGCUACGUGAUCGUUACCAGCUGUCCCUUGUGUUUCCUACCUGCCUGACUGGGUAGAUGGCUGCAUGAAUGCCUCAUUCGUAGCUGUGUGUGCAGACUGGCCAGCUGGCUUGUUUUGGUUUUGGGUGUUUUGUGUUGUUUAAGAGAAUAAGGGAAUUAAUUAUGACUCUGUGAGAAGUAGUCCUUAUAAAUUUGGCUUCUUCUGUAACCAGACACGAACUUCAACAAAAAAUGUGGGAAUUCAGUAUCUCAUCUUCUUUUUGUUUAAUUUGGUUGGAGUUGACAGAGACUCUGAGGUUAAUAGCCAAUGGGAAAUUAAUAAACUGGCUGUGUCAUUGUAAAUUGUAGGUCUUUUUUCCUAGAAUUCCAAAACACUUGCACAUCAGCCUCCCGAUUAGGUAUUUUUAAUCCUGAUGCUUUCUGAAUAUGAAAGGCUUAGUUUAAGAAAUUGAAGCCUUAUCUUCAUCCACAUAUAUGAGGAAUAUUUUACUAUGUGUCACCGUGAAUGUUUGGUUACGUGAUCAAGCUCCUCUGCACAGCCCCAAGGGAGCCUGGAGAGGCAAUGGCAGGAGGGGGAGCCCAAACAGUACCCUGCGAGGCUGCUUCCAAGCCUUUCCCUGGAGCCAGCCCAUCACAGGCCCAUCUGUGCAGCCCCAGAGGAGCACAGGGGCACAGGUGGGAACCCAAACCAAGGACCCCGAGAAAUGAGCACCCUCUCCAGGGCAGUCCCAGCAAAGCCUCUGCCCAGUGUCCCGUCAUAUUAAGGGUGUUGCUGCCCACUGCUGGGACACGUGGGCUGCAGGGGAAAGCCAGUUUGGGAUCCCACAGGACUUACUAUGUGAUGUUUAGGGGAGGAACCAAAAGUGGGGCAAAGGAGGAGUUUAGGGGAUUUGGGGCGGAACAAGUGUUGAAAUAUAGAGGGGUAAGGGGAUGAAAAGGACUGGCUGCAUGUAGGCAGUUGGCUGGUCACUGUGCUUGCCUGGCCAUGCCCUGCACCUGAUCAGCGCAGUGUGUCCUGCUCCUUAUUAAAUUCCAUUUUGGCUCUGUCCUGGGUGAGGGCUCUCUGGUUGGUGUGAGUGCAGCCACAGGGCACAUUGGAGCAAGCGCGGGUGAGUGAAGAUCAACUGCGUGAGCUAGUGAAGUGACCUGGAAGCAAGGGGGUCUGUGGGUCCCUAAGGGCAGCUCUGGUGUGAGAGUGCCUGUGUCUAUAGGGGCAAGAACAUGGCAGGGUCAGAUGUGGGACCAGGGGAGUCCCAGUUGGCUCCAUGUACCUGUGACAGUCUGUACUAGCAACUGGAGCCAGGCUGUGGCCUCAGGGACUCGUAUGUCUGCAGACUGGGGAUGGGGAGACUGGGACCCAGGGGACAGCUACUGGGAGAGCCAGCUGCUGGAGGGGUCCGCCUUGUACGCCUGUAUGCCUGUUCUUGCUGGUGGACUUCCAUCUUGCACAGCCAGAGAGAGCAGGACGAGGCCUCUGGUGCUACCUGUGUUUGUGUGAGUGCCGAGUGUCUCUCGUUGCAUAUACGUGUGCUCUGUGCACUGGAGCCUGCUGCGAAUGCAUCUUCUCCCAUUCUCCUGCUGGGGCGUGGGGAUGUUUAGCAGGAGCAGCCUUGCCUCUCUUGGGCUGUUGGAUCUGCUGUGAUAUGUUUUCCUCUAGCAGUGAAGAGGCAAGUUAAGUAUUUAAAUAUCUACUGAGCACACUUUCUAUUCAAAGGUUAAUUAUCUUUUUAAGCGUGUAAUCAAAAUGCCAGGGAGAAAAUGCUUCCUUACUAAUUUCUAUUAAAUCAAUCUUACAUUAAAAAAAUCCAUAGUUCUCCUAAAAGUCUUCUGAAAAUACCAAAGCAAGCUGUAAAAUUGAAAGUCAGAGAGGUAAGUGCAUAUAAAAGUACACCUCCAGUGACCUGUGGUUUAGUGCCUUCCCCAGGUAGAAGUGGCAUCUGAAUAUUUAAUAGCUCUCAAUUGUUGUGUUUUUUUGAUGAAUCUAUGUAAUGGCUGUUGAAUUCAUGUGUACUUGCCCACGGCAGGGAGUUCUAUAGCUUUACUGCGUUAUGUGAAGGAGUGUUUCUUUGAUUCUGACCCUGCUGGUUUCAUUUCAUAGGCCUUAGUCCAUGGACAUGCAGAACAGUUGUUUUCCAGUCAGGAUUUUGUAGAUGGUUCUUCAUUGCUUGCCCUUAGAACUUUCCUGGCUCUGACUAUUUGUAUUUAUAGUAAAACUACUUGCAGCUAAACAAUUUGGUAUAUUUUCUUUUCGCUUGUGGUCAUUUGUUUGAUUAUAAAGCUAAGCUGUUAUCUUUCCUGCUGCUCUCCAAAAGGCUGCUGGACUCAGUGUCUGCUGUUUGUACCACUGAUGUCCCACUGACUAGUUCUGAUUCAGCGGAAGAUUUCAUCUAACAUUCCCUGGGUUCCCAGGAUGUGAACUGGAGCUGGCUGUGAGCCUCCUGAAGGCUGCAGAGACUGGCUACUGAAACCACUUGCUAUUCAGUUGGGAGCAUCACUGUCCAUCAUCUGAAUAGGCAUUCACACACCAUGUGAUGGGAUGCCACCCAUCAGAUGCUGGAGAUGUUGGGUCAUUUGGUAGGGGAAUGAUGGGGAUGUGCAGCCCACGGGUGGUUCAGGGGAGUCCUUACGGCUAGCUGUUGCUGAAAGGCGAGGUAUCACUGAAGCAGGAGGGGAAGACAGACUGAAUGUGCGUAUCCAGAAAUACGCCACUCAUAUAUUUUGGUGUCGACUUAGAUGCAUUGCAUGUAUUUAGUAACCUGAAGUAGCUGGUAUGUCACCGAACGUGGUAUGUGGGUAGUAUGCAGUAUAUACAACUGAAAUCGAGUUUUAUAAUUUUCAGUUGAUCUUGUAUGAGAUCUCAACUUCACUGUGGGGUCUGUGUUUGUUCAUUCUGGUUCAAGGACUUUAGCCCUUACGGUGUAGUAAAAGUUAAAUACCAAGCCAAAUUAAUGUUACUUGAAGCAAAACUGGGGUUUGUCUUGUUCGAGGUGCACGAAGGAUGCAAUCACUUUUGGUGACUGUAAGCAAGGACUCUCUCUGAAUUCUGAAAUCCCAAAUCAUUGCUCAAAACAAUGACUCUUGCCUGUUUUCUGUAGUUCAAAUACAUAUUGCUGCCUGGGCAGAAAUACCUUGGACCAUCGCUGUAACCCAUCUUCCUUUCUGGAGUCCAGCUCAAUCUUUUUACUGAUGUGAGACCCUGUCCUCAUGUUGUUUGGUGUUUUCCACCUCCAGUCUUCUCUGGGCAUUGGUUUGAAUGCGUUAUUACAUACCCUGCUGAAGUACACCACCUGCUGGGAUUGGCUUGAUAAAGGCAAUGCAUGAGCUCUCAAGUAUUUUUUAUCUUCUACAGUGCGUUUCGUAAAAUGACCUAAAGCAGUGCACAGAUUGGGAACUGUUUGGGUGCUUGUGAACAGCUUGCUUCUGACAACCCUCGAAGCUGGAGCAGUCUCUGCUGGGCCCUGUGCUUUCUGAAAAAAAGAAUGGCUCCUGAACUAAUUAAAAAAAAGUGUAUUCUUUAUAAAAGAGAAUCAAGAACCCUUCCACUUUCCCUUGACAUGUUAAUGGUGAUAAUCCAAGGCUGGGGAACAUUGCAGAUGUACUUUCCUAGUUUAAGCUGAGCUGCUGCCGGAAGCCCACAGAUCUUUAUAAUUCUACAGCUGCCUGCUUACGUAUGUGAUCAUGGAUUUUCCAGGACACUUUGAGCAAAUCUUUCAGCAGCUAAACUACCAGAGGCUUCAUGGCCAGCUUUGUGACUGUGUCAUUGUGGUGGGAAACAGGCAUUUCAAAGCCCAUCGCUCUGUUUUGGCAGCAUGUAGCACACAUUUCCGAGCUCUAUUUACUGUAGCGGAAGGAGAUCAGACUAUGAAUAUGAUUCAGCUGGACAGCGAAGUGGUGACAGCAGAAGCUUUUGCUGCUCUGAUAGACAUGAUGUAUACUUCCACACUAAUGCUUGGGGAGAGCAAUGUUAUGGAUGUCUUGCUGGCUGCUUCUCACUUGCAUUUGAACUCUGUUGUUAAAGCCUGCAAACACUACCUUACUACCAGGACGCUGCCGAUGUCUCCACCGAGUGAUAGAGUUCAAGAGCAAAAUGCACGCAUGCAGAGGUCUUUCAUGCUCCAGCAGCUUGGACUGAGCAUCGUGAGCUCUGCCUUAAAUUCCACUCAGAACACAGAGGAACAACCAAAUACUAUGAGCUCCUCGAUGAGAAGUAACAUCGAGCAGCGCACUACUUUUCCUAUCCGUCGUCUCCACAAACGUAAACAGUCUUCUGAAGAUCGGGCCAGACAGCGCAUCAGGCCUACCAUGGAUGAGUCUGUUUCUGAUGUGGCUGCAGAGAGCGGGCAGUCAGUAGUUCAUUCACGGGAAGAUUUCUUCUCGCCAGAUUCACUGAAGAUUGUGGACAACUCUAAGGCCGAUGCUGUUGCUGAUAACCAGGAGGAUAAUACUAUUAUGUUUGAUCAGUCUUUCAGUGCUCAGGAAGAUGCUCAAGUGCCCAGCCAGUCUGACAACAGCGGAGGAAACAUUUCACAAAUGUCCAUGGCAUCCCAGGCAACGCAGGUGGAAACCAGCUUUGACCAGGAUGCUGCUUCUGAGAAGAACAACUUCCCAUGUGAGAAUCCAGAGGUCAGUCUGAAUGAAAAAGAGCACAUGAGGGUGGUGGUGAAGUCUGAACCCUUGAGUUCUCCAGAGCCUCAAGACGAGGUGAGCGAUGUCACUUCCCAAGCGGAGGGCAGCGAGUCUGUUGAAGUGGAAGGAGGAGUAGUGAGUGCAGAGAAGAUAGAACUGAGUCCCGAGAGCAGUGAUCGGAGCUUUUCUGACCCACAGUCUAGUACUGAUAGGGUGGGAGACAUCCAUAUUAUGGAGGUGUCAAAUAACCUGGAACACAAAUCUGCUUUCAGUAUCUCAAAUUUUCUAAAUAAAAGCAGAGGUGGUGGUUUCGGUGCUAGUCAAAACAGUGAUGACAACAUUCCAAAUACCACCAGUGACUGCAGGAUGGACAGUGAUGCUUCUUAUCUCAUGAGUCCAGAGUCGGGGCCAGCUGGUGGCCAUUCAUCUGCCACCGUCUCUCAUGUUGAGAAUCCGUUUAGUGAGCCUGCAGAUUCUCAUUUUGUUAGACCAAUGCAGGACGUGAUGGGUCUCCCCUGCGUACAGACUUCUGGGUACCGGGCAGCGGAACAGUUUGGCAUGGAUUUUCCACGGUCGGGCUUGGGCUUGCACUCCCUGUCAAGGGCAAUGAUGAGCUCAGUCAGAGGUGGAGCUAGCAGCUUUCCUGGCUACCGCCGCAUAGCUCCCAAAAUGCCUGUGGUGACCUCUGUCAGGAGCUCCCAGCUGCAAGAUAACUCAUCCAGUUCCCAGCUGAUCAUGAACGGGACCACUUCUUUUGAAAACGGGCAUCCAUCACAACCUGGUCCACCACAGCUGACAAGGGCAUCUGCAGAUGUCCUUUCAAAAUGCAAGAAGGCCUUAUCUGAGCACAACGUCUUGGUUGUAGAAGGCGCACGCAAGUAUGCCUGCAAGAUCUGCUGCAAGACGUUUUUGACCUUGACAGACUGCAAGAAACACAUCCGUGUCCACACGGGAGAAAAGCCUUACGCCUGCCUGAAGUGUGGCAAGCGGUUCAGCCAGUCCAGCCACCUGUAUAAACACUCCAAGACAACCUGCCUGCGGUGGCAGAGCAGCAAUCUGCCUAGCACUUUGCUUUAACCUUCUCCACCCGGCACCUGAAGGAGAAUGCCAGUGCAGAUGUCUAGCUCCCUGAAGCACCACAGGAGCAUGAACACUAUUUUCUUCAAGGCUGCAGGCUCAGAGGCUGCUCUUGUUGGUCUGUGAACACUUACGUGUGAUGGUGCCACACACACAAAAGUCUUGGUUCUGUCAAUUGGGGAUAUUACUGUACCUACCUCACAGGGGUGUUGUGAGGCUUAAACAGCUGUAAGCGAAGAAGUUGGAGAUCCUCAGAAGUCGCAUUGUAGCUGUGUGAAGUGUUACUAUGAUGUACGUUCAGGCCUUGGGCUGAUGGGGAUACAAUCCCUAAAACUAAGCAGUUCCUUUGCAGGGCAGAGGGGUGAGAGCGUAGUUAUCUCAUGAAGUAGCACGUUUCAAAAAUGAGAAACUGAAGUGCAAAUUUCCUCUUUUUUUUUUUUUCUAAAGUAUUUUGUAAAAGUGAAAGCAUUUAAAUAAAUGACCUGUAAAACAAGUUGCUGCAUUAUGUAUGGACAGUAAUGCAAGAGCUGUUUACUGUAACUAACGCAGACUGCGUGUCUUUAAAAGAGAAAAACAACUUUGGGUGCACCUGUCUGACAUAAUCGUUUAAAAUAUGCUAAUUAUAAAAAUAGUUUUAGGGUUAUGAAUGUAUGUUUGGCUGUUUUGUAGUAAAGGACACUGUGUGAUGAAGGUGCUUAAGUUAAAUCUGAGACAAGUAACUUUUGGACUGCCAGAUGUAUAUAUACUUUGAAUACAGCAAGAUCUGGAUGUUUGACUGAUUUUUUUCUGUAGAAACUUGUAUUAAGUGAUAAGUGAAGUACUGUUUCUUGUUCGUGCUAUUCUUAGCAGUAUUUUAACCAAUUUGUAUCUCCUACGUUGAAAUUCUAUAUACACAGAAGUCUGAAAAGAGCUUGUCUUUGUCUGCUUUGGUUUUUUGAAAGAGAGAGAGAAUUUGUGAUGGCUUUUUUUACUGCAUAAGGUAGUCUCUUGCUGUUUCCAGAUGCUGAUAGUCAAUCUGAUCCCCAUUGUUGCAUAAGCAUAUUGUCCUUUUCUGACACUCUUAUCUUCAGGCUUUAAUUUCCUCCUCUGUUCACCUUACUUACUUUCCUUCACAACUAUGGAUUGUUCCUCAGAUCAAACCAGUCAGGAAUGAUCCUCAUUUGCCAUAUUUAUUUAUGUCUCUCUAUAAAAUGUAGUUGUCAAAUCCAGUCCUUCCACUUAAAGUAGUGUCAUAAAUGUACUUUUCCACAUAAAUUUAAAAAAUCUAGCAUAAAUUUAAUUUUUAAAAAUAGCACUGUACACUUUGUAUAGCAGAAAUUCAGUGAUAGUUAUUCUCCAAGUGAAUCAUGUAAAUCUUGUUUUAAUUUCCUUUUCUUUGAUACCAUUGUAACUAAUACAGUCUGCAGUCUCUUUUUCUUUGUUAAAGAUGCACAUGAACUAACUACUGGUGUUCAGCAUAUUAGGUUUCUAAAUAAAAUUUUGGAGCACUUCUGCUGAUAAAUGUUGCUCUGCCGUGUAGGAGCUGGGUCAGGGCUACAGCAUGUCCAUUCUGCUCAGGAGAGACAGAGGAUUUGCAUUUCCUGCUAUCUAAGUCACAGAGCAACAGCUUUCCGUUAAUAUAAAAAAAGUUUGCAAACCUUCCCCUCUUAUUUUAUUCUGUAUAGCAAAUGUAUCCUGUGUGAUGAUAUUCAGAAGUUUUUACGGAGUUUGUGCUACCAAACAGUUAGCCUUCUUAAACAUCUUGGACUUACAUUCUAAUAAACUGAAAAUUAAAAUACUAAUCCACAGACCUGUAGGUCAUUUAGCAGGAUGAACUAUCAAAACUGUUGAAGCACAGAAACCAAACAGUCAUUGUCAGACCAAAGGAAACAUGGAAAUCUUUCUGUACUUGGCUUUAUGUGAAACAGUAGUCUGCUAAUGAAGAAACAUGUCUUCAUCUCUAAUUACACUGCUUCACAUUAAAAAAAAAAAAAAAAAAAAAAAAAGCCAAAUGUCUGUCAACGUGUCAUUUGCACCUUGAGUAUCCAAGGUAAAUAGGAACGUGGAAACAUAGUGAAUGAUUGGAUUAAUUCCUUUAAAAUGUUAAGAUUUUGUUAUAGGAUUUAUUUAAUGAUCAUAUUUCCGGCUCUUGAUUUUAUAAGCAUUAAGGAAAUAUGUUGCAUUUUUUAAAGCAGUAGGAUAUGCCAUUUUUGUUUGAUAAUAAUUUUGAUAUCAGGGGACUAACAGCAUUGAGCUAUAUACUAAACAAUCUCACUGAAACAUCAAUAAAAUGCAGUAUUUUGUACUUUAAUAUUUUCUUGUGUUGCCUUAUUAGUAAUGUCCUGGUUGUUUCAUCUUCCUUGCAUUUCUAGUGUUUUUAAAAUAGGGGUUUUUUUACAUUUUCCAUCUGUUUCCUAUAGCACAUCUGAAUUCCUUGAAUUCUUAUGACGCAUAAGAAUAAAGCAUCUAUGUGAGGAGAUCAGAGUAAUUAAGAACUAAUAUGAGCAGAUAAACAUAUUUAACUGUACUUUUGAUCUGUUUUUAUAAAAAUUUUAAUGUCAUUGUGACAUAUCAAUCCUUGUGCAGGAGGACUUCUGUCUUCUUUGUUUAAGAAAAAAAUUGGAGCAUUUUUGGAAGUAGCAAAUUUAAAUUUAAUUAUCAUUGGCAUUUGGUGCACCUGGAGGAGCACACUGCAAACACAGGAGCCUGUGGUCAGCUUGUUGUUUUCCUAGUCUUCCAGUAUGAAGCAAUAUCUCAGAAUGGUAUAUCCACUUAGCUAUCCCCUACUGUAAAAUGAGAGUAUCUCAUCUCAAAGCCUGGUAACAUUGUCAAAAAACUUGUCACCCUGACUUUUGUUCAAAAUUUAACUUCACAAAUGCUACAGUGAGAUCUCAUGUGAAGAUGUCAGUGUGUUAAUAUUAUGAAACAUCUGAAAAUAAACCCUACAUUUUUGUGC